AUGGCGGUCGUUCAACCAAAUGAGAUCAUCGAAUCGUUGAAUUGUGCUUUUUGUAGAGUGCCAUUUUUUUCCGGAGGAUACGACACGUCUCUUCGUUACACGUUUUGUCGCUCUUUGACGGCGAUGUGCGAGAAGUGUUUCUCGGAAAAGCAAAACAAAAAAGAUCCAGCUUUUCACCCAAAAUGUCACCCUGAAGAAUGCUUUUACGGAAAUUGGUUUGACAGAAAUGUCAGCUUCAGCGAAGAGCUGAAACGCGCCAAGCAAAUCACACUCAAAAGUGAUGCAAAAGAAAAACCUAUUGGCUGGACCUACGGCGAGAAUUUCCUUAGUCCCAAAUGUCAGAAGUGCGAUUGGGCUUUUGCUUCUACUUACAAAAAACCAUGGCUGACCGAGAAAAUGACACUCAAAAGUGAUGCAAAAGAAAAACCUAUUGGCUGGACCUACGGCGAGAAUUUUUUUCUCGAAUGUCAGAAGUGCAAUAGGGGUUUUACUUCUACUUACAAAAAACCAUAUGAAGUGUUGUGUGGUCACGCUAUUUGCGAACAAUGUUUCAAGAAGCUUCCGAGAAAUGAAGUUGACAGGGGAUACAAGUAUGGCAUCGUUUGUCCACUUCCCGAUUGUCUAAAAGAGCAACCUUCGCGAAACGGUCCAAUUCCAAGGGGGAAGAAGCAAUUUUACUUGACUCCGUGGUGGCACGGUCCGCUUAUGGGUAUUGUGAAAGAACACGAAAAACUUGUGGAUACAGAUGGUUUCCAGAAAAUUAGU